AGAGAGGGCGACUGACAGACAGAGAGGAGGAGGAGAGAGGGAGAGAGAGAGGAGAGGAGAGGAGAGAGCAAAUAAGAGAGGGAGGGAGACAGAGCGAUGCUAUUGGUUGACCGUUAUAACAUCAAGCGUGAUAGAAAUAUUUCUCUCGCAGUCUAAGAAAUAGAGGAAGAGACAGACAGAGACGGUAGACUCAGGAAACACAUUCAGGUCUCUGGGAGAGAUAAAAAGAAAGAGCACUUUAGAAAGAAAGAAAGAAAGAAAGAAAGAAAGGCAAAUAAGAAAAGAAAGGUGGACUAAUUAACUUGUGACUUCUGAGGGCUGUGGAGAUUUUUGCUUAAGAACAGAAGAGAUUUCUAAAUCAGAAUAAAUGCGGCUCAACAUGUAGAUGUUCUCCAUCUUACUGGUUAAAUUUCCCCCCUUUUUCCUCCCCUCAGAAUUUAAUACUUUACCCUGCACGUCAGCAAAAGACAAAUCUGAAUGUUUUUGGAGCAAUCUGAGGGAUGCGUCUGAGGGAAAGAUGCAGAGCAGAGAAUUGUGACAUGGUGCCGACCCAAAUUGACAGAGACGAGGAAAGAGUGGACUGUUCAGUGGCAGACACGUCUCCAACCAGACACAGGUAUUCUCUACUCGAUAUUAAGACCGGUCAAGAUGUUGAUCCAUGCUAACUCAAACUAUCAUUAAUAUUGUACUCUGAUCUUGUAUUUGUAAGUCCUAUUGGCUGUGUGAUGUUGGCACUGUAAUGUUAAAUAGUUGUUUCAUUUGAAUUCCAAUAUUAGCUGCCUCACUGAUUUAUACUUAUUAUUUUAUACGUCAUUAUUUUAUUGCAAAGAAAUUUGUCAGAAUAUAACUGUCUAAAUGUGCAAAGCAAUAGAUGGAUCAGAUUCAUGUGAGGGUAAAUCAUUUCCCCAAAAAUGUAAUAAGUAAUAUACCAAGAGACUGUCUCUGCAAAUUAUCACAGAUAAUCUGCAAACUAUGGUUGUUUACAACUGUGUUUUAGAAAUAUGCGUCAUUAAUGGUGUUCUUGAUUCAGAGCAACAGAUGAACUGAAAAGCCAUACAACAAACUGCUGAACUAUCACAAGCCAUAACCAUCUUAAGACGACAAAUCCUUUUUUUACAACGCAGUGCUGUGCUUAGUAUCGACAAGAAUCCUGUGCUUCUGUUGUCAGCGCGUCAGUCAGACACUUACUGUGAGGGGGGAAAAAAAAAAUGUGUAGGCUUUUUCUAAAGAGAAACUACAUGGAGAAGGAGGAGGAGGAGGAGACAGACAUCUUGCCUGUCAGAGACUGAAAAAAAAAAGGAGCAUCAGGCCAACGACAGACAACUGUGGCUGCAUAUGAGUGCUUCCUAAAAAUCACGGCGAGACAGGGGUCGCCCUGCUGUCACAUACACAAAAAGAGACAAAGACAUGAGUGGAAGCAGUGAAGCAGAGCUGAUUAUUGAUUGUUACUAAAACUGAGCGCUCUACCUGCCUGGAGGACACAGACUCCGCUCGCAUCGGAGUGGGAAAUAACCUCCACUGAAAGGAGGGAGGGCAAUAGCCACAGACACAGAGACAGAGAGAACGGGACAAGUUCCCUUUCUCGACCCAUCCCGUCGUCAGGAUGGCGGGCCCAGCCAUGGCAUUCACCUUUGCGGCCUUCUGCUACAUGCUCACCUUGGUGCUGUGCGCCGCUCUCAUCUUCUUUGUCAUAUGGCAGAUCAUUGCGUUUGAUGAGCUUCGCACAGACUUCAAAAACCCCAUUGAUCAGAGCAAUCCCACCAGAGCGAGGGAAAGGAUUCUCAACAUUGAAAGGAUCUGCAACCUGCUCCGCAGAUUGGUGGUGCCGGAGUACUCCAUCCAUGGGCUCUUCUGUCUGAUGUUCAUGUGUGCUGGAGAGUGGGUCACACUUGGCCUAAAUACCCCGCUGUUCUUCUACCAUCUGUGGAGGUUUUUUCAUCGGCCAGCUGACGGGUCAGAGGUCAUGUAUGAUCCCGUCAGUGUGAUGAACGCCGACAUUCUCAAUUACUGCCAGAAGGAGUCCUGGUGUAAACUCGGCUUUUAUCUGCUCUCUUUCUUCUAUUAUCUCUACAGGUCAGUACAAAUUCACAAUCUUUUCAAUUCGAUGUCGUUUGAUUAGGUUUCAGCGACGCCUUUCAGAUUUGUUGCGAUGUUGUGUGAACUCGGCAGCACAAUUACUGUUUUACUCCCUUGUUCUCCAUCUGCUGCCACGGUCUAUUUGCCGCUGAAGUAUGGUCUACGCCUUGGUGAGCUUCUAACAGACAGGAUAUCUGGAGAAAUAAGAGGAAGUAUCUGUAUCUGUAAUAAUGACACAGAGGAACAAAUGGACACAUCAACUCUUCCUCUCUCCAUGUAUCCUUCCCAUCACUGACUUGGGUUUUUGAACAGUCUAACCUUGGACAAAACGAGAAGGCCAAUCUGACUGAUAAUGUGAAUGUAAAAGCCUCCACUCAAUUAUAUUGCUUUGACCCAGAUACUGCUGUCGGACAACUGGACAAAGUUUUGAAGGACUGAAACGAAACAGAAAGAGCACGCAGCAGGUGUGUUGCCUUUGACCCACUCUACGAAUUAACAAUAUAUUUCUGAAGGGCUGGAGUUUUCCCAUGCUGCUCUUACUGAUAGAGUCGCUCAACUCACUGUGAAUCUCCAAACACUUAGGGGCUGGAAGACAAAAUAAUAUGUCUGUAUUCUUUGACUUUGACAAUGUACUAAAAGCAGGAUUGUUUUGGAAUCAUUCCAUGUAUUUAAGAUGAUAGGCACCUCUAAUAUCAAGCCACUGCUUUGAUUGUGUUAACAGGAACAUAAAACCGUAAGAAGCAGGUUAAAUUGUACGGGACAUAUUUAAAGCACUGUAAGAAAUGGAAAAGGCCUGUCAGGGAAAUAACAGAUAGGUGUGUGUGCACUUUUAACCAGGAUGGAGUAGAGCAUAGACCAACUCAGCAUCUCCUUGACGCCAGUUUCACACUGUAACAAAAACAAUAAGGGGUUAAUCAAGAGUUUGACUUCAAGGGUCAGUGUUUGUAAUGUGCAUUCAAAAUAAGUAUGUCCAUAGCUGUAAGGAGGUAUUUUAAUGCUACAUGCUAGGUUCAUGCUUUCCAAAGAGCUUCGUGCUCAGACAUUUAAUGCCAAAAGUUUAUAUAUGGAAAAACAUUGUGCCAAUUUAAAAGUCAAUUAGUGAAAUCAAGUGAAAAGAGAAAUGAUGGGGCAGUAUCUUCAUCUACAUGCACCGACGUGCAUUGUCCGUAUUUUCACUUUCUGUAACACGCAUUUCAUUUUGGCACAAUGUUUUGAAAAAAAAAAAAAUAGACAAAAAAUGUAGUUUUGUUGUAUUUUUUAGUGUGCAGGGAGCGCCUUAUUCCUAUUUCCAGUUUGCUCUUACUCAUCUGCAUCUAUACUAUAGUCAUUUUAGCACAGUAACUUUUCUCUGAUCUGAGGUAGAAUAUAGAAAUCUCAUGUACGAAAAAGCAAUUAAAAACAGCAAUGUGAUAUGAUUCAUGAGACAUAUCGAUACCGUGUUAUUCAGUGUAUGUAAUAACAGUGAGUGGGACAAAAGUGGCAGAUGAGACAAUAAUGACAAUGUUUCGGUUAUUUCAGAAGUGUAAAGACAUUAAAGUCAUCUCAAUAAAUACGUCUACAAUCA